AUGAAGGGUCCUCUGCGUGGAGGAAUGUUCUCCCGGCAUGUCAAACGGCACCCCGGACUCGUUCCCCUCAUUGGCUUCAUCAGUGUGGGUCUGGGCAGUGCAGUCCUGUACCUGCUGCGGCUGGCACUGUACAGCCCAGACGUCAGCUGGGACCGAAAGAAUAAUCCUGAACCCUGGAAUAAGCUGAGCCCCACAGACCAGUAUAAAUUUCUGGCAAUUUCCACUGACUACAAGAACCUCAAGAAGGACCGUCCCAGUUUCUGA